AUGUCUCAGAACCGUCCAGCAGCCUUCAAUACCCUACGGAUGGGUGAAGUCAUCCGUGAAAAGGUUCAAGAUGGAAUUACCGGAGAGACGCGCGAUCUGCAGUACACGCAAUGCAAGAUUGUUGGCAACGGUUCAUUUGGCGUCGUCUUCCAGACAAAGCUGUCACCCUCGAACGAGGAUGCUGCGAUAAAGAGGGUUCUGCAGGACAAGAGGUUCAAGAACCGUGAGCUACAGAUCAUGCGGAUCGUUCGCCAUCCGAACAUUGUGCAGCUAAAAGCAUUUUACUACUCUAAUGGGGAGCGCAAAGAUGAGGUGUAUUUGAACCUGGUACAAGAAUUUGUACCUGAGACCGUCUAUCGCGCGUCGAGGUUCUUUAACAAGAUGAAGACUACGAUGCCGAUUCUCGAAGUCAAACUCUACAUCUACCAGCUCUUCCGGGCGCUGGCCUACAUCCACUCUCAGGGAAUCUGCCAUCGCGAUAUCAAGCCACAAAACCUCCUCCUCGAUCCAGCCACUGGUAUUUUGAAGUUGUGUGACUUCGGAAGUGCCAAGAUUCUCGUCGAGAACGAGCCCAACGUGUCGUACAUCUGCUCACGAUACUACCGCGCCCCCGAGCUAAUCUUUGGAGCCACCAACUAUACCACCAAGAUUGACGUCUGGUCCACGGGCUGCGUUAUGGCAGAGCUGAUGCUUGGCCAGCCGUUGUUCCCAGGCGAGUCUGGUAUAGAUCAACUCGUGGAGAUUAUCAAGGUUCUGGGCACGCCGACUAGGGAGCAAAUCCGUACGAUGAACCCCAACUACAUGGAGCAUAAGUUCCCUCAGAUUAAGCCUCACCCAUUCAACCGGGUUCUCAGGAAGGCGGACAACAAUGCCAUUGAUUUGAUCGCUCGACUCUUGGAGUACACACCGACCGAGCGACUUGGCGCCAUCGACGCAAUGGUUCAUCCUUUCUUUGACGAUCUCCGCAACCCAUCAACAAAAUUGCCAGACUCAAGGCAUCAGACUGGCCAGGUUCGGGACUUGCCGCCUCUAUUUGACUUCAACCGGCACGAAUUGUCGAUCGCUCCACAGCUGAACCACCAACUCGUACCGCCACACGUGAGGCCUACGCUGGCGGCCCAAGGCUUGGAUAUUGAUCACUUUACGCCUAUGCGGAAGGAGGACAUGCUUGCGAGGUUAGAUUGA